AUGGCGUCUGGCUCUGUUCCCCUUGGGAGGACUAGGAGGGGGCUGGUGUCUUGCGCGCACAGCCUCAACUGCCGCGCCGACGACGCGCCUCUGCCUCUUUACCCCGACCUCGAAAAGGCCAUCUACGAGCUCAUCGUCAACUUCUACGACCAGGCGUUCAACCGGCUGCCCUGCGACAGGAUUCCGGGCCUCCGCGACCUGCUCACCACCGCCGGCACCUACCUCGGCCUCCUCGACCCCGUCUCCAACAUAAUGCUCAACACCAUCGCCCUCCUCCCCGAAGGCACCGCCGGCGCCGCCUCCACCGCUCCACCCGCCGCAAAGAAGUCCAAGAGACCAGCGCGCAACGCCUGGCAGUGGCACGACAUUGCAAACAGGUCCUACAACAGUCUCCUGGGCUUCCUCAUGGCCUACUUCGGAUGUCUCUGCACCAAGCAACAGGCCGCCCGCUACCUCUACUGGGCCGACGCCAAUCUUAGCCUCGCCGUCAUGCUCGUCCAACACGAUCUCUACUAUGCGGAGGUGGAGGCACUGGACCCUGAAUCCGACAGGACGCAGGCCGCCCUGGAGUGGGCGGCCACCAUGGCCGGUCACCCUUCCCCCAGCGUUUUGACCAAGCUCAUGUCAUCCGGGCUCAAAGAGGACGACUUUCACCUUCUGGAGAAGCUACUCUUUUCAGCACCAGAUGUCCCUCUCAAGGCUGAUGAUGUCGGAGCAAUCGAUCGCAUAUUGUGCGUGACGAUGAGCCCGCCCUGUCUUGCCACCAUAAUCCAUACUAGAAAAGGGUCGAUUCUCCAUGUCCAUAAGAACCACGACGCCGCGUGGUCGAGCACCCCCUCCACUAUGGAGGACAACAAGAUCACUUCCACUGCCCUCUCCUGGGACGGAAAGCCCAUCUCGUCGCUGCAGUGCGGACUGCCUGACAAGCUGCAACAUUGCCUCGGAAGAGCAGAUGGCCUGGAACAAUAUUUGAAGAAGACCCCGUGCAGCGUUGACACCUGCGAUUACCUGCAGACCCUUAAGAUGCGCCUCCAAGGUAUGAUUCACAACUUCUGCAUCAAGGCUCUCAAGCUGCUGCCCACACCAUCCGGCUCGUUCAUGCGCGGCUUCCUCAUGGCCGGCCACUGCUACGGCUCCAUGGACCCUGUCUCCAUCAUCAUCGUCAACUCCAUCUGGUACAACAGCCACAGCUGCCCUCUCCUAGAGUCUGAACGCAGCAAGAUUGAGAAAUACAAUGACAUCCUUGACCCUCAUUCUCUGCUCCGCACACAGGUUCACUCCCUCAAGGGCCUUAUGGAGCUCGCCACAUUCGUCGGCCCCCAGUUCUCAACAGAGGCUUGUGCUCUGGAGUUGCUCUGCGAUACAAGAUGUGAUAUUGUUGACAUGUUGCAAUCAUCACCAGAGAUGCUUGAAAAGAAGAACCCCCUCCAUGAAGCUGCCAAGGCCGCUGGACACCCUCUACCGCUUCAGCUGGGUGAACUGCACCAGCUGCUGCUGAUGAUGCCUGAUGAGCGAAGCGCACUGCUCUCCUUGAUGACUGAGGCUCGAACUGGCCGUACUGUGUUGCGCCUCAAUGACAUGACUCUUCGUAUGAGGUGCAUGUGGCUCAAAUGCUCGGCUGCCAAAACUGGUGGCAUUGUGCGAGUUCCUAAACUUUUUCCAGAGUCUCGGAAGUUGGUGUCAAGCAUGAGAUCAAAGUAUGAGGAGCGGAGGAGCUGGUUCCGUUCGAAGAUUGAACAGGUGUUGAAGGAUUACACGACCCAGCAUUUUUGGGAACCAAAAUAUAAACUUGAUAUUAUCUUUGGCGUGGAGGCAAUCAACCAGGGCCGCCCCCCCUUGGGUGAGAUGUGCUACCGCGUGAAUUUCACUGCUACUUCUGAUUUGCAGCUUCAGAGGAUGCUAUUCUUCGCCGAGUUUUUGUUCUCGGGUGGGCCAAGGCCAGAGACCUGCUGCCCUCUACCCUAUGAGUAUGCGGGCCGUUGCUACUAUGGCGAGCAAACCACGAGGAAAAUUAUGUAUCCUGAUGAGGCCAAAUACAUCCCGCACGAUAUCACCCAUUACGGAACCCGCCGCGUGGAUGACAUGCUAGAGAUGGACGUCGUCCACUUCAGUUCCGAGAUGGACGUGGAGCUCACGGAGAAACUCAACAAGAUGCAUGCCCAUUGA